AUGGCCAGCUCACAGUACACGCUUCCCAAGCUCCCCUACGCCUACGAUGCGUUGGAACCUCACAUCUCGGCCCAAAUCAUGGAGCUUCACCACAGCAAGCACCACCAGACCUACGUCACAAACCUGAACAAAGCUAUCGAAACAUACAACGCCAACCCUCUCCAAAGCCGCAUCGCCGUUUUGGCGGCACUCAACUUCCACGGCGGAGGCCACAUCAACCACUCCCUCUUCUGGGAGAACCUCUCCCCCGCCUGUAGCCCGGAUGCUUCUCCCGACUCCGCACCCAGCCUGGUCGCCGAGAUCGACCGCGUCUGGGGCGGCCUCGACAAGUUCAAGCAAUCAUUCAACGCUGCGCUGUUGGGCAUCACCGGCAGCGGCUGGGGUUGGCUCGUCAAGGACGAUACGACAGGUCUCAGCAUCAUCACAACCAAGGACCAGGACCCCGUCACCAAGGGCGUGCCCAUCUUCGGCAUCGACAUGUGGGAGCACGCGUACUACCUUCAGUACCUCAAUGGCAAGGCGGCCUACGUCGACAACAUCUGGAACGUCAUCAACUGGAAGACUGCCGAGUCGAGAUUUUCUGGCACCCGCGACGAUGCUUUCAAGGCCCUUAAGGCGGUACUCUAA